AUGAUGGCCAAGAAAUGUUUCGAGCCAGGGUGUAUGAAUGAGGUUGAGUAUGCAUGUAAAUGCUCUUCUCUUGAGACUUUAUUGUGCGGAGAGCAUAUCAGGGAGCAUGUAAAUUUGCCUCAUGGAGUUCAUAAUCUUGAAUCAAUUUUUAUGCAGCUUUACGAAGGGACAAAAGAAGCAAUUCUUGAAUUCCUUACAAAAGAAAAGUUAAAAUAUAGCGAGUUGAGAAGAAACAUUAUAGAUUCUUAUAUCCAUAAUUCAGAGAAUGAUUUUGGAGAUUUCACAAGCAAGCUCGAUUGUUAUUCAGAUGAAAUAAAUGAUUUCUUUGCAAAGAUUUCCCAAGCUACAAAAUUAUUAAAGUCAGAAGAAGAUCCAAUUUUAGGAUUAUUGAGUUUACAGCCUCAAGAAGCUAUUGAGAAAGUAAAAUUGAUGACCAUAGCUAGCAGAAAUUGAUACAACGGUGCAAAGCUGUUUUACAUUUUCAAGGAAAAGUUAAAAAGUCUAAAUAGACCUUUCUUUACAGAAAUAUGUGGGGCUUAUCUAGAAAUAAGGAAUAUGCAAAAUGCUACUGAAAUAGAUAAUAAAAUUAAGAAGGUAGCAAGUAUAGAGUUAGCAGAUGCUAAGGAUUCGACUUCAUUGAUAAUAAAUGAGAAUAUUGAUAGUUUAAAAGGGCUUGCAAACAAGCCAAUAAAAAACACCCCAGAAAAUAAGGCAAGCUUGCUUAAUUUUCAAAUAAGCACUGUUUCUAGUGAUCUCGACAGUAAACAAAAAGAACCAGAAAACGCUUUAAACGCUAUAGACUCCACAACCACUAACUCCCCCCCCCCCCCUCCGUGAGCGAACAAAAAAAUUUUGUUCGCUCACGGAGGGGGGUUAAUUUUUUUUUUUUAAAAAAAAAUUUUAUAUAUAAAUUUUAUAAAAAAUAUUUUUUUUCGAAAUUUAAAAAAAAAUCCUAAUUUGCAAAAAUUGGGAAGCAAAUAUUAAUUUAAUUUGCAAAAAUUUAUGUUUUAAAAAAACGCAAUUUGUUUAAAAUUAAACAGAAUUAGCUCUAGAUUUCAUUAUACUAAUUAUCACUUAUAUAUCAAAAUUUUUUUUCCAUUAAAAUUUUUUCUAUUAAAAAAAUUUUUGUUCACUCACGGAGGGUGGGUUUUUGGUCAAAAAAUGGCGAUUUUUCUAAUGGUUUUGUUCGCUCACGGAGGGGGGGGGGGAGUAAGCAGAUUCACUUGCAUAACUCAACUUCCAAACGGCAAGCUAUUCUGUUUUGAUAA